AUGAAGAACUUGAGGAGGCAGAAGACGUCCAGCAGAAGAAAACAGAGAAAGGCACACUUUGCCUGCAACAUUGGAGAAAAGAUAAUAAGAUCAUCGGCACGUCUUUCCCAUGAGCUUAGAAAAGAAUAUGGAUUCAGGACAUUUCCCUUGAAAAGCGGAGACACUGUUCUCGUGAAGGGAGGUAAGUUUGACGGGAAGGAAGGAGUAAUCACAAGCAUCAACUACGAGGAUUACAAGGUGUAUGUUGAAGGAUGCUUUGUGACAAAGAAUGACGGGACAAAUGCAUUGGUACCUAUUUACCCAUCCAGGUUGACCAUCACCAAGUUUUUCCUUGGAGAGGGCAGGGAUCAGCAGCUAGAGAGGAAGAAGAAGGCCCGGGAAUACAACAUGGAGAUUCUUAGAAAGAAACAGGAGGAAGUUGCUACUAAUUAA